AUGGUGUGCGCAACAUGUGAAAAAAAGUUAACUAAAAUCGUUGGAGUUGACCCUUACCGAAACAAGCUUCAUAACAAGAGCUUGGGGGGUGGAGUGAGUAAAGCAAAACCUAGUGGCUCAACGAAUAAAUUGAUAGGGGUUCAGAAAAAAGCGACGAUUGCUGGAGUCAAGUGUAAGCUUUGUAAAUGUUCUAUACACCAAGUAGGAUCUCACUACUGUCAAAACUGCGCCUACGAAAAAGGAAUAUGUGCGAUGUGUGGCAAAAAAAUACAGAAAGUAGCUGGUCUUAGACAAAGUAAUGUUUAA